AUGGCUGCUGCUCGUACUGGUUUCUCCGUCUACGGUAAGUUUCGAAUAACAAAGUAAAAUGCGUGGAGUGUGUGACAAUUGACUAUAACAAAUUUGCCUUCCUUUUCUGAUUGAUCGUGGUUUCACGAAAUGACGUCAGAGCUAAGUUUAAGUAUUAGUUUCUCAUCGGCCUUCGUUCUCUAUGGUUCAUUCGUGUUCCUUGAAGACUUUCCGAUAUUUCAGGUAGUUAUCCCCAUCCUACAUAUAGCCCCCUGGUAGACUAACUUUGGGAUUCGGUGACGUCACAUCGGUUGCUGCUUGGAAGAAGGAUCGAUCGAAAUGGAACUCUGAAAAAGUAAUGGUGAUCAUUAUUUUUAAGAUCUCCGUAGUCUAGGUCUAGGUUAGGGGUUUUAGAAUGUAAGAGAGCAUUAUCAGUGGCGUAUAACUGAUUGGUAUUUUUUUUAUUUUUGCAUCAUUCUUUGAACAGUACAUAAUCGUUUUGAUUUAGUUGGAAACAUUCCAUACCAAGCCACCGAAAACGAUAUUGGAAACUACUUCUCCCAAGUCGGAAACGUCUCCAACGUCAGGUUAGUUUCAAGAAAAACUUCCCUUUAUCAUAUAAGCAAUGUCCUGUUUACAGAAUCGUUUUCGACCGUGAAACCGGAAGACCAAAGGGAUUCGGAUUCUGCGAGUUCUCUGAUGAACAAGGAGCCCAAAAAGCUGUUGAACAACUCAAUGGAACACCAUUCAACGGAAGAAACCUCCGUGUUAACUUCGCCAACAACUAA